GACCACAGCUUCAAGGAGACACUUUCUAAUACGAUGACUGACGCAGAGUCUUUGGAUAAGGCGCCAACAGAUGGUGAGAGUGCUGGUCUUAAAAAGAGCAAAAAGAAGCAAAAGAGAGAAAAUGCUUGGAGACCAGAGGGACCCAGAGACCCAUUUGCUAUGCUGGAUUCUUUGCCAGAAAAGGAACAGCAGGAGAUACAGAAAGCCCUUCAUCUCUUCUCUCUGGGCACCAGCUCGCCUAAGACCCUGCAACAGGCCAAAAACCACACCUACCGCUUCUGGGACACACAGCCCGUCAUCAAACUGGGUGACCACAUUACAACUCAUGGCCCAGUCGAGGAGGUGGAUGCCAGUAUCCGGAGUGAACCAUGCUUACUUCCUCAGGGAUUCUCCUGGGAUACUCUGGACUUGAGCAGUCCUUUUGUGUUGGGAGAGCUGUGCCAUUUGCUAAAUGAGAAUUACAUGGAAGAAGACGACAACACAAUCAGAUUUAACUUUUCUCCUGAGUAUCUACUGUGGGCUUUACAGCCUCCAAACUGGCUGCUCCAGUGGAACUUGGGCGUGAGAGUAGACGCAAAUAAGAAGUUAGUCGGUUUCAUUGCUGCUGUACCUGCUGAUGUUCGUAUUUACGAGACGAAGAAGGGGUUGGUGCAGGUCAAAUUCCUGUGUGUUCAUAAGAAACUGCGCCUCAAGCGGAUGACCCCAGUUCUGAUUCGGGAACUUACCAGAAGGGUCAACCAGCAGGGGAUCUACCAGGCUGUCUAUGCAGCUGGCACAGUGUUGCCAACACCAAUAAGCUCCUGCAGCCAGUGGCAUCGCCCUUUGAAUCCCCGUAAGCUAAUGGAGGUCAACUACCCCUGUCUAAAGCAGAACAUGAAUCUGCAGCGAGCCUUGAAGUUUAACCGCUUACCUGAGGUGACAAAGAUAAAGGGCCUGCGUCCUAUGACUAAAGAAGAUACUCCAAGGGUCCUUUCAUUACUUGAGAAAAACCUCUCCAACUUCCACCUCAGCCCCAUCUUAUCGCUGCAGGAAGUAGAGCACUGGUUCUUACCAAAGGAGAAUGUGAAUGACACCUACGUGUUGGAGGCGGACAAUGGUACUCUGACUGACAUGGUGAGUUUCUAUGCCGUCUCCUCCAGGGUCCUAAACCAUCCAGUUCACACCAGUCUCAGAGCCGCUUGUCUUCUGUACGCCGUCUGUAAUGUCACUGGGGUGGCUGACCUCAUGCAGGACUCAUUGGUUCUGGCUAAAGCUAAAGGCUUUGAUGUCUUCUGUGCUCUUGAUGUGAUGGACAACAUGAGUUUCUUGGAAAAGCUCAAGUUCACCAUCAGCGAUAAGAGUGUCCAUUACUACCUGUACAACUGGAAAUGUCCUCUCAUGAGCUCGGACAAGGUCUGUCUGGUGUUACCCAACUAAUCUGAAGCAUUGAAGAUGAAAUGAUCUGCAUCACUACCUGUGCUUUCAGCGUUCACUAUGAUGUUCAAAAUUAAUAAAAGGAAAAGUAGCUGAUGGAGCAGUUACAGUCAGAUGGAUUCAUCUAUUACAUUGUAAUGCCUGUUUGUAUGUUUACAUGUGAAUGCACAUGUAUGAGACUGUGCGUGGGUAUAAUGAUCAACAUCAAAAGGUUGUAAUGUUACCGUGAUCAGUCCUAAAACUGCAUUAAUCAUUGACUAAAGCUCCACCUUCAGAAUGUCAAGAAUAAGCAAUCAUAUAAAACUCAUAGUUUAAUUCAGAAUACAUGUUAGAACAAAGGAAAACCUAAUAAAAUCCGUCCUGAAAACCUGAAC